AUGGCACCAGCACACCGCCGCGUGGCAGUCAUCGGCGCCGGCCCGGCCGGCGCAAUCGCCACAGACGCUCUGGUGAAGGAGCAAGCCUUCGACACGAUCCGGGUCUUCGACCGGCGCGCGGGCAUCGGCGGGACCUGGGUUCACACGCCGCACCUGCCGGCGUCCAUCCCCUCGCUGGGCGAGGUCCUCGCCGGCACGGCGGACAGGGCCGUCGCCGUCCCCGCGCAGCUCCCCGCCGUGACCGCGGUGUCGGAGGAGGUGAACGGCCACCAGCACCGCUUCUCCGACACGGCCAUCCACGAGAACCUGCACAGCAACAUCACGCCCGAGAUCAUGGCGUACUCCUCCUACCCCUUCCCCGGCACCCUGUCCCCCAGGACGCUGGCCGAGUACGGGCCCGGCGCCCCCUUCCGCCACCACGCCACCAUCAGGGACUGGGUCGAGGGCAUCUUCAAGUCCAACGGGCACGAGGGGCUGCUCGAGCUCAACACCACGGUGGAGCGCGCCGCCAAGGAGGGCGGCGAGUGGGUCCUGACGCUGCGGAAGGAGAGCAACGGCCGGAACUACUGGUGGCGCGAGAGGUUCGAUGCUCUGGUGGUCGCGACGGGCCAUUACAACGUCCCCUGGUUUCCGGAAGUAGACGGGCUGUUGGAGUGGGAUCGCAAGUUCCCGGGAAGUGUCGUGCACAGCAAGCACUUCAAGAGCCCCAAGCAGUUCGCGGGCAAGCGCGUGGUAGUCGUGGGCGCAUCGGUCUCCUCGCACGAGAUCAUCCACGAGAUCCUCGACACGGCGCAGAAGCCCGUCUACGCAUCAAUCAGGGGCGACCCCAUCCCGGCAUUUGGGUGGGAGCCCUUCAACCACCCCGCCAUCGCGCUGAGGAAGCAGAUCAGCCGCCUGGACGCCGAGGCCGGCCGCGUCCACUUCGUGGACGGCACGCACCUCGACGGUGUGGACCACCUCGUCUUUGGGACCGGCUAUUCCUUCAGCUACCCGUUCCUGCCGCAUGUGCAGGAGCGCGUGCAGAAGGCCUACCGCAGACUGCCGGGCGUCUGGCAGCAUACGUGGGAUAUCGAGGAUCCUUCGUUGACUUUUGUCGGAAUGCUCGGCGGCGGCUUCACUUUCCGCGUGUACGAAUAUCAGGCCGUGGCCGUGGCUCGGCAUCUCGCCGGGCGGGCGCGUGCUCUGCCUUCUGUCCCCGACCAACUUGAAUGGGAGCGCGCCCGCGUUGCCGAGAAGAAGGGAGGCAAGGACUACUACUCGAUAGCCCCCAACUACGAGGAGUACUUCGAGUUCCUGCGAGGUGUCGCUGGAGAACCAGCUGAAGGUACCACUGGGAGGGCCCUGGAGCCGUUCAGACAGGAGUGGAAGGAGAUCUGGCCAGCCAUGGUGAGCCACAAGAUCGAGGGGUGGCGGAGGAAGAGAAGAAGGGCCGAGGAGGAGUUAGGCAGUGGGCAGGUCAAGGCAAAAUUGUAG